ACACCACCCCUGCCGUCUAGAUUCUGAAACCCCUGAAGAGGAUGGACGAAAUAGACGCCAUAGUUACACAUCAGUGUUGAAGAGUUUGGCAGUGUGUACUUAUAGCUGAUUUAUUUGUCCAUAUUUGUUUGUACAUUGCAGUGGCUUAACUGUGUUGACGAAAGUUUUAUUAUCAAGCAGACUAAAAUAAGCAUAUCUGAGCAACCAACACGUGUAUAAAUGACGGUUCAACUUUCCCCUUUUAGAUGGGCCCUUUGCUUUUGUUGGCUGUGGAUUAAACAUAUUUUGGAUUUUAAGGGGGGUUCUCUUCAUAUCGAGUAAGAAACAGGGAGCAGUUAUAAUUUAAAUUAAUAAAACACAAGCUAUCACCAUAUCGUAAAAGGAUAUCGAAAACUACGUCUGAGCAGUACGAUUUCGUUUGACUCGGGGCUCUAGUUGGAUUUGUUAUCAGAGCAGAGGAAUUGUGCGUGGGCCUUGAGAAGUGAAAAUCUGGUAGGUCUGGUUUUGGAUUUGGGUCUGCAUUGCGGCAUAGUCGGAGAAAAUACAUUUUUGGAACGUGUUUGUGAUGUAGGAACGUUUUGCGCCUUUGUCUUUUGGACUUUUGAAAAAUGCUUUGAGCAUUAAACGAACAAAAUGUUGAUGGUAAAGUCUGCUUAAAUAGUGACUUACGUGCAUGCCCACAGAGUCGUAAACUUAAGACAUUUAAUAUUAUGUUUCCUGUGGGGGGUUGUGCAGGUUUAACACUUGCGAUGCCCGAAUGACCAGCGUUUUGAAUGGGCUUUUUUAGUACCGUUUCGCGUAAUUUGGAUGCUGCUCCUGUGGAGUGAGAGUGUACUGGAGUUGUAAGUAACAUGUCGUGUGUUCAUUACAAGUUUUCCUCUAAAUUGAACUAUGACACUAUUACGUUUGAUGGCCUGCAUAUUUCCUUGUGUGACUUGAAGAAGCAAAUCAUGGGAAGGGAGAAACUGAAAGCAGCGGACUGCGACUUGCAGAUAACUAACGCCCAAACCGAUGAAGAAUAUACCGAUGAUGCUGCGUUAAUCCCUAAAAAUUCGUCUGUGAUUGUUAGGAGAAUCCCCAUUGGAGGAGUAAAAACUGCCAGCAAAACCUAUGUGGUAUCCAGAACUAAGCCUACACUAAAGACAAAGAAGCAAGUCGAUGACUCUUCCACAUCUAUUUCUCUGGCCCAGCUUUCAAAGACUGCUAAUCUGGCGGAAGCAAAUGCAUCUGAAGAAGAUAAAAUUAAAGCAAUGAUGUCACAAUCUGGUCAAGAUUAUGAUCCUGCCAACUAUAUGAAGAAAACGCUGGGUCCCCCUCCCCCAUCAUACACGUGUUUCAGAUGUUUGAAACCUGGACAUUAUAUUAAAAACUGCCCAACAAAUACGGACAAGAAUUUUGAAGCUGCAACAAGGAUCAAGAAAAGCACUGGAAUCCCGAGGAGUUUCAUGAUGGAGGUGAAUGAUCCUAAUAUGAGAGGUGCUAUGCUUACCAACACAGGAAGAUAUGCUAUUCCUACUAUUGAUGCGGAAGCUUAUGCCAUAGGAAAGAAGGAAAAGCCACCAUUUUUGCCAGAAGUGCCAUCAUCAUCUUCAGAAGAAGAAGACCCCAUUCCUGAUGAGCUGCUUUGCCUUAUCUGUAAGGAUAUAAUGACUGAUGCAGUUGUUAUCCCUUGUUGUGGCAAUAGUUACUGUGAUGAAUGUAUCAGAACAUCUUUAUUGGAAUCUGAGGAGCAUACAUGUCCAACAUGCCAUCAGACAGAUGUGUCUCCUGAUGCUCUAAUAGCCAACAAAUUUUUGCGUCAGGCUGUGAACAACUUCAAAAAUGAAACCGGUUAUACAAAAAGACUUCGAAAGCAACCAGUUCAGAGUCAGGCAAAACCACCCAUUGCUCGUACCAUGCAACUAGUGGGAAGAGUGACAGCCUCUAGGCAGCAGGAUCCACUGAUGGUAGCAGCAGCUACAGCCUCUGCUUCAGUUUCAGCUCCCAUUACAGUUCCUGUUUCAACAGCAUCACAAACCACAGUUGCAAGUACAGUUACAACUACUGUGCAUGGUAGUCAUUCAGCUGUAUCUGUCUCUGUUGCUAACACAUCUACAGCACCACUCAAGUCUGAAACACUGGAGGGCUUAGAAUCAAAUGAGCCUAAAAGUGCAGUUUUGAAUACCACUGCUAUAUCCUCUGCCUGUUCAUCCACAUCCACUACUGCAGUUUCAGAGCAAAAGGUGUAUCAAGUUUCACUUCUUGGACAGCCUGCUUCACAUAUACAUCAGGCAUCACAUACACAGGCUGGUUCGCCUACACAUGGACAACCAACUACUCAAGUUCAGCUAGUUUCACAAGGACAGCCAUCAUCACAUUUGCAGCCAGCUGCACACAUUCAACCAGCUGCACAUGGGCAGCCUGCUCCUCAUGCUCAACCUUCUCCUCAUAAUCAGCCGCCUCCUCUUGCUCAGACUGCUCCGCAUGCUCAGCCUCCCCCACUUGGACAGCCUGCCGCACAUGUUCAACCUGCUGCACAUGUUCAACCUGCUGCACAUGUUCAGCCUGCUCUACAUGGACAAGCUGCUCCACAUGCUCAACCUCCACAUGGACAGCAGACUUCACAUGGACAGCCAGCUCCACACGCACAGCCUGCACCUUAUGGACAGUCUCUACAGAUGCCAGGUCCCCCACUUAGAACCAACUCAGUACGACCUCCAGGGAACAGAACUGGCUGGGCACCAGCUACCGGAAGAGGAUGUCCACAAAGUGAUCGUGCAACAAGAACUCAAACCCAGACGUUACCAACUUCUACUCCUGUGUUUGUGCCUCCACCUCUGUAUCCUCCACAUCCACAUGGGAUUCCACUGCCUGCUGGAGUACCACCACCUCAAUUCCCACCACAGUUUCCACCAGGACAGCCGCCACCCUCUAAUUUCCCUGUCCCCCCACCAGGGUUUCCCCCAGCACCGUCAAACAUUACAACUCCUUGGGUAGGACCUGCAACGCAGCCAGCUCCUCACACAAGUACUAUGCCAGCAAUUACUCCUCAAGCACCCCCUUUGUCCAGGGAAGAGUUUUACAGAGAGCAACGGAGACUUAAAGAAGAGGAGAAAAAGAAGUCUAAACUGGACGAGAUGACAAAUGAUUUUGCGAAAGAGUUAAUGGAAUACAGAAAGAUCCAAAAAGAAAGAAGGCGCUCCUAUUCAAGGUCAAAUUCACCAUAUAGUGAGUCAUCAUAUAGUGGGAGUUCCUACUCUUUCUCAGAUUCAAGAUCUCGUUCACGAUCACGCUCUUAUUCUCGGUCCUUUAGUCGCUCUCGCUCUCGUUCUUAUUCAAGGUCUCCCACCUAUUCUAGAAGAGGACGAGGAAAAAGAGCAUAUCGUUCUAGGUCUAGAUCACAUGGAUAUCAUCGUUCGAGAUCUCGAUCGCCCGUUUAUAGAAGGUUUCAUUCUCGAUCAAAAUCUCCUCCUCCUCCUGCUGCUCCUGUUACAUACAGAACACAUUCUCCUAAUAAAAGAAAUGUCCCUCAGGUAGAAGGUGAUAGAGAACAUUUCAAUCGUUAUAGGGACAUUCCACCAUAUGAAGCAAAAGUCUAUUACAAUCGGUCUGCUGACCCAUUUGAGAGAGAAAGAUACAGAGAAUGGGAAAGAUCUUACAGAGAAUGGUAUGAAACGUACUGCAAGGGCUAUAAUCCUGGCACUCAGCCAAGGCCAAGGUCUCCAGCAAAUAGAGAGAACUAUACUCCAGAGCGUUAUGGACCGCAAGUAGGUAGGAGAGAUGAGAAUUCUUAUUUUAGGGGAAGAAGACCUGAAUAUCCAGGAGGCCCAAGUCAUAGAGGCCGUAAUAUUGGACAAAAUUUUCAGGAAAAGUUUGCAAAUAAAGAUGUGCAUAAUGUUAAAGACAUGAGAGCAAAAGAGAAAGAUGCAGAAAAUCCAUCUGGAGAUUUGAAAGGUUUGAAACACAAAAAACAUAGAAAAAAACGAAAGGGAGAAGAAAAUGAAAUAUUUAUGAACUCAGAACCAUUAGAUGGUUCAAAAAAGCCAAGGUAUACAGGUACUGAAGAAAAUAAGAGUGAAUCCUUAUUUAUUCCUCCAAGUAGAGAUGAUGCAACACCAGUGAGAGAUGAACCAAUGGAAGCAGAGUCCGUUCCUUACAAACCUGUGUCUGAAAAGGAACGUAAAGAAAAAACAAAGUCUAAAGCUGAUAAAAUGAAGCGUAAACCAGAUGUUGGUGCCAAGAAAGACCCCGCUUUAAAAGUAACACAGGGUCAUGUGGAUCCUGAAACAUCUCCUCAUAAUGAACCUUUCAAUAAAAAAUGCAGGGAUGAUAUUAAUCAAAAAAGUGAGAUGGCAAAGCAGUUUCCACAAGUGAAAGAUGAUAAAUCCAUACAGCUGCAGAAAGUACAGACUAAAAGUUUAAAAGAACAAGAAACUAAGCCAAUAAAAGAAGAGAAAAUAAAGAAGGAGUCCAAUAAAGACCGGAAAUGUGAAAAACAGCCAGGUAAGGAGGAGAAGCCUAAAAAGUUAAUUGAAAAAUUGAACAAACCUGUAGAUGUCAAAACAGAAAAGAAGAAAAAGAAAGUAGAAGAAAAAGAAGGAAAUGAAGGCGAGGGACAGUCUCUUAAAGUCCCAAAAAUUGAAGUUGAAGAAGUACCAAAACCAGCACCAAAAACUAAAAGUGAACCUGAAAAAACAAUUGACAAACCAUCUGAAAAAGACAAGCCUGCACCAGUAAAUCCACCAAUAAAAAAGAUAAAAGUGAAUCGAGAUGUGGGUAAAAAGACUGCAACUGGUGAUGAUUUAUCAACUGAUUAUCCAAGUGAUAAAGUGGAGCCAGGUGGUGUAAAAGUCAAGCAAGAAAAAGUCAAAACAAAAAUGCGGAGAAAAGUUGUAGCCCCUGAUUCAGCUGGUUCUACUCUUGUGGAUUAUACAAGCACAAGCUCUGCUGGAGGCAGUCCUGUCAGGAAAAAUGAGGAAAGGCAAGAUAUUAGGAGGACUGUUAUUAAAACAAUGGAGGAGUACAAUAAUGACAACACAGUACCUGCUGAAGACGUUAUAAUUAUGGUCCAGGUUCCUCAAUCAAAAUGGGAUAAAGAUGACUUUGAGUCUGAGGAGGAGGAAGUCAAGGCAUCACAUACAGUUGCUUCAAAUGUAGUAAAGGCUGCACCAAGUUUAAAAAGUGUUGGGGUUAAAGUUGUAAAUCCUGUUAAAAAUACUGAAAAAGAAAGUAGUGCUUCAGAUAAAGCUCCUAAACCAGUGAAAGAUUCUACUGAAGGAAUUAAUUCUGAAUCCAAGCCAUCAAAAAUCGCUGCUCCUAGUGAGAAAGGAAGAUCUAAAGAGAGAGACCAUGUUGCUGUGGAAAGAGAACCGCUGGAUAAACGAAAAGGAGCUUCUCAAGAAAAAGACAAGAACUCUGAGCAACCAGCUGAACAAGGAACUGUGAAAAGUGUUGUUCGGUUGGGUUCUAAAGAAAAAUUGUCAGAUAAGCUUGAUAUAAAUAGAGGCUCUUCAACUAAAGAGAGUACAGUCACCUGUGACAAAAAGACUGAACAUGAGCCUAAUAGAGAUCCUUCAACUUCUAAACGGAAAGAUGAAAAAGUUGAGGUUAGAAGAAAAGACUCGCCAUGUCGAAGUAAAGAGUCAACCCCAAGGCAAAUGGCCAGAGAACAAGAAAUCUUUGUAGAUGUGUCCAAAAGGGGAAAUGAGCGUAGUUACAGUCCUGCAAGGGAACGAAAAGUAUACAUAGAUUACAGAAGCUCCUCUGAACUGCAGUAUGCAUCUGAAGAAAGGUUAUUAGAUAAAAACUCAAAUAAGGAAAAAGACAGAGGUGCCCUCAUAGAAAUAAAAACAAACAGAGAGAAGGAAUCAGGUAGUCACAAGUCAUUUGCUAGAAUGGGAUCACCAGAAUCUAGGAAUGAUAAAGACUAUUCUUCUGGACAUUAUGACAGGGACUAUAGCAAAACUAAAGCACCUCUAGCCCGAUCAUGUAGACUUUCAUCAGAUUUGACUAGAGAAACUGAUGAAUCUGCUUUUGUACCGGACUAUAACGAAAGCGAUAGUGAUAGCAAUCCAUCUGAAGAUGAUGAACAUUUAGAAAGACAUUCUAAAGAACCAAAAGUCAGAUCAGAAAAAAAUAAAGAAAGCAAGAGUAUGUCAGGCUCUCAACAUAGUAGAAGUCCGAGCCGGAGUAGUGCAAGUGUUACUCACAGUCGUAGUCAGAGCCCUACAGGAAGCCAUGCACGGAGCAGUAGUGUUAGUUCUGCAGAGAGUCAAGACAGCAGGAAAAAGAGAAAGAAGAAGGAUAAGAAGAAACACAAAAAGCAUAAGAAACACAAAAAACAUAAGAAACAUGCCGGAAGUGAGCUGGAGUCUGAGAAAGGACAAAAACAUAAACACAAGAAAAAAAAGUCAAAAAAAAGCAAAGACAAGGAAAAAGAUAAAGAUGACCAAAAAUUAAAAUCUUCUGUCAGUGUUUAACAUGACAGAUUAAAAAUGAAUUGACUUAUUUUUAAGUCAUCUGUAAUAAAUGUAAUAAUGUAAAAAAAAGGUCUCAGAUUUGUACAUAGUAAUUUGAACGACUCUCUGCAACACUUAAUAUAUUGCUGCUUGUCUAUUUGAUUUUUACAUUGGGGCUUUAUAAAUUAAACAUUUUGUAAAGAAUUAUAUGUUUGACCAUGAAAACAUGAGAAAUUUCACUAGGGUGUUUUAAGUUCAACCACCAGUGAAUAAAUUGGUGGGAUUUGCUGUACUGUGAAUUAUUUCACAUCAGACUUUUUUUAUUGCCUGGCUGAAAAGCUGACUUAAUAUUACUGUAACAGCAGAAUGACUUGCAAAAUUCAUUGGAACAUUAAGUCACUUUUGAGUACAAUAAAAAAAAAAUGUUCCUAAAAUA